CACGUUUCUUAAAUUGAACAUUGACUCUUAACAACGGAUAUCACAACUCUCGCGAUAAAGAGAAAAAGCAAAAUAAGAAAUUAGGCGUGAAUUGUAAAUCAUCGAAUUUUGUAUUUCAAAUCCAUACAGCCUUUUCCACUCCCCAUUUUUAGGGUUUCCAUUUUUUCUCUUUAUUCUCCCAGACCAGAGGCUAACGUACAUAUUUGCUUUCGCAAGAUUUUUCUAGAUUGGUUUGUCGGGCCCAAAUUCUACGGUUUAGCAUUGAAUAUUGCAUGUAAGGUUGAAAAUUUUAGGAUUUUGAGUCUGGUUUAGCUAGAGAUGAGUGCGUUGGGGUUUGAUAUUGGAAAUGAGAAUUGUGUGAUAGGAGCGGCUAUGCAACGUGGAAUUGAUGUAUUGCUAAAUGAUGAAUCAAAGCGGGAAACUCCGUCCGUGGUUUCAUUUGGUGAAAAGCAGAGGUUUAUGGGAACGGCUGGGGCUGCCUCUGCUACCACGAACCCGAAAUCCACCAUUUCUCAGGUUAAAAGAUUGAUAGGACGGAAAUAUAGCGAGCCCAGUGUGCAGGAUGACCUUAAACUGUUUCCUUUCGAUACUUCGGAGGAUCCUGAUGGGGGCAUUUUGAUAAAUUUAAAUUACAUGAACGAGAAACAGACCUUUACACCGGUUCAGAUUCUAGCAAUGCUGUUUGCCCAUUUAAAGCAGAUCGCAGAGAAGAAUCUUGAGAUAUCCAUUUCUGAUUGUGUGAUUGGUGUGCCAUCGUACUUAACGGACAUGCAGAGACGUGCAUAUUUGAAUGCUGCAGAGAUAGCCGGCUUGAAGCCAUUAAGGUUGAUGCACGACUGUACAGCUACUGCUCUGGGAUACGGUAUAUACAAGACAGACUUCCCAAGUGGAGGUCCGGCAAAUGUUGUGUUUGUGGAUAUUGGUCAUUGUGAUAUGCAGGUUUCUGUUGCAUCAUUUAAACCUGGGCAUAUGAAAAUAUUAUCUCAUGCUUCUGAUAGCGACUUAGGGGGAAGAGACUUCGAUGAGGUCCUGUUCAGGUAUUUUGCUGCACAAUUCAAGGAACAAUACAACAUUGACGUUUAUUCUAAUGCUCGAGCAUCUUUAAGGCUGAGAGUGUCAUGUGAAAAAUUGAAGAAAGUCUUGAGUGCUAAUCCAGAGGCACUGCUUAAUAUUGAGUGCUUGAUGGAAGAGAAGGAUGUCAAGGGAUUCAUUAAGAGAGAGGAUUUUGAGAACCUGUCGUCGGAAUUACUGGAAAGGAUUAGCAUUCCGUGUCGUAAGGCUUUGCUUGACUCUGGUUUGACUCUUGAGAAGGUCCAUGCAGUUGAGCUUGUUGGAUCAGGUUCUCGAAUACCGGCCAUUUCGAAGAUAUUGAACUCACUGUUCGGGAAAGAACCUAGCCGGACUGUAAAUGCAAGUGAGUGCGUGGCUCGUGGUUGUGCCCUUCAAUGUGCAAUGCUUAGUCCCAUAUUCCGAGUAAGAGAGUAUGAGGUGGACCCCACUUUUUUCCCAACGAUCAAAAAAUCAAUUCUCAAAAUCACUUCCAAACAGGCUCUUAAUGAGUUUUUUGAAGAAGAUACUAUUUACGAAACUUUUCAAUAUGGUGUUUGCCUGGUGCAAGAUUCAUUUCCAUUUUCUAUUGGAUUUGCUUCUAAUGAAGGGCCGAUCUGCACAGUGACAAAUGACACGUUGUUUCCUAAGCUGCAUCCUUUUCCAAGUCUAAAGAUGCUUACUUUGCACCGAAGUGGCACAUUUCACAUGGAAGCCUUUUACACGGACCAGAAUGAGUUGCCUUCAGGUGUAUCUACAAGAAUCAGCUCUUUUACGAUUGGUCCAUUCAAAGUUCCUCAUUCGGAAAAGAUGAAGAUUAAAGUAAGAGUCAACUUAAACCUCCAUGGAAUUGUUACCAUAGAGUCUGCUUCGCUGGUGGAGGAUAAUUCGAAUGAUUCUACUAACAAGAAUGAUGGCACUCUCUCAGACAAGAUGGAGCCAACCAAUCAAGAAUCUUCCAGCAAAGCAAAUGGGGCUGCUCCAAAGCACUGGUAUCUCCUUGUGCAGGCUGUCACACGGCAUGAUAUAACCAUUGACGAGAAUAUAUAUGGCGGAAUGACACCCCAUGAACUCUCUCAAGCCCAAGAAAAAGAGCUUCAGUUGGCCCAGCGAGACAUAAUGAUGGAGAGGACUAAAGAUAAGAAAAAUUCACUGGAGUCUUAUGUAUAUGAAGCACGAAAUAAGAUUUUGAACGAGUAUAGAAGCUUUGCAACUGAUUUAGAAAGGGAAGGGAUCUCCAAUAAUUUACAACAAACUGAGGAAUGGCUCUAUGAAGACGGAGAUGAUGAGUCUGAAAGUGUUUAUACAGAGAAAUUAGAGGAUCUGAAAAAGAUUGUGGAUCCUGUUGAACAUCGAUACAAAGAGGAAGAAGCCAGGGCACAGGCAACCAGAAGUCUACUAAACUGCAUAGUGGAGUAUCGCAUGUCUGUAGGAUCACUUCCACCCAGCGAAAGAGACGUCAUUGAUGAAUGCAAUAAAGCAGAGCAGUGGCUUCGAGAAAAAACCCAAGAGCAGGAUUCAUUACCCAAAAAUGCAGAUCCAAUACUCUUGUCAAGUGAAAUCAAGAGGAAAGCCGAGGCUCUGGAAGCGAUUUGCGGACGUACAUUGGCGUCCAAGUCUUCAUCUGCAAGGCCUGAGGAAAACAGAGAAUCAGAGACGAGAGAUCCAAUGGAUGAUAUUCAUGCUGAUUGAUGUGAAUCUAGCAAGAUUGUGAUACUAAAAGAGCUGGAGUACAAGAAACAGCUAGAUCAAUCACCGCAGGAUUAAUUUGGAUAUAAUUCUUUAGAGUACUCACUGCAAGCUCUCAUUCUAGCACGGAACUCGUAAGUUAUCAUUCUUAGUUUUUGUUUUCUGUUAUAUGUUAAUUUUCCUCUGAGAUAGAAUAGGUACUAAUUCAACCCAACUUACAAACACUUGUAUACUACUACUCUCUCUACUGUCCCCCUACAACAGUUCUUACAGUACAUUCAACACGGUUCAAUUCCUUGACGCUGUAAUAGAAGUUAGAGUCCUCCAUAUUUAAGCACCCUUGAUGGAUGUAGAACAGAAAAAUUCUCCUCAAGGGAUUAGUGGCUUGACAUUUUUAUCCUCAUGGCUGCAUUUUGCUUCUUCAA